ACGAACACAUCACACUGUAUCAAACCGCCUCACAAAAUCACGGUUCGGAGUCGUGUUUGUCUUUUGAGAAGAGCACCGAAUCUCAUUUCACACCCUCUGUCUCGCUCAUACGCUUGAGUGCUGGAGACAUUUAGUGGCACAAAGUCCUUCCAAAAAGCAAAAACGGCCAAUGAGGAAUUUCCGCGACGUCCUGAGGGAGUCAUGUUAAGUGAUGCAUUAAAAGAGAAACCAAAAAGUGAUGGUGUUUAGCAGUUCAAUAGCGCGUGGAUAUAAAGUAUCGAUUAGUAUUUUUCUACAGUAAAUAUUUAUGCCGAUGACGAAGAUAGGAUCCGUGGAGGACCCACGAGAUUCUCGUAUGAGAUACACGAGAAGAUAAGCCGGAAUAACACAGUGAAGAGAAGCGCUGGAUGACAUGGAAUGAGGAAUUUUUAGCGGAAAUUCCGAGAAAGAAAGGGAAUCAGCUUUACAACAAAUUUCCAUAUAUUUAUCAACGGAAAAAUCGAUCGGACCAACCUUUUUGAUAACAAUUUAUAUUUUAUAUAACAUUUCCAAUAACAAGUGUGUGACACCUUUAGAGAGCAAAUCUUUGGCUUUAAUCACCCAAACAUUUUUAAAUUAUUCACUCCUUUUGAAAACAAACCUACAAAACGUGUGACAGAACCCACUAGAAAAUGCGUGAAUUUCGACCAAGGGAACCCCAGAGCUUAUGAAUUGUUCAUUAACCUACUGAAGAAGGAGAAUAUAGUGGGUGAAUUGAGGAUCAAAAAAGUAGAUAAAAAAACUGUAGAGGAAAUUUGUGAGAGUCUGUGAAAAUAAAAGUCAAUUAAAUAUUCCACAAAUGCCAAGUGAGUGUGAUGUUUUUUAGUGUGAAGAGUGGUUAGGAAAUAUUUAUUUAAAUACGCGAAUAUAUACGGAUCAUUAUAUUAACUGACCUGGGUAGAAAAAUAUACAAUAAUUAACUCGCCUCGUGCAAAAUAUAGUAAAAAGGGUGUCAGUAAGUGCUAAAUUGACUGUUUGAGAGAUUGGAAUAUAUUGUGUUAAAACGUGCACACAAUACAGUGAAUAAUCGUGCGCAGUCAACACAAAAAGCUCUGGAAAAUUCGAUCAUCGAGAUAUUCUGUUCCGGUGUGGAAAACGGAAAAAAGUGGGCGAAGGAAGAGUUCAUUCAUCUAAUUCAAUAAAACACCCUAAAGGAUGUCGAUGUUCUUUUUUCGACUGCACAAUCUUCGGCGUGAAGAGGAGGCCAAGAAGAAACGCAAGGCCGCCCAGCGCCAGAGACAGCGUCGCGGGGCGAAAGUCUUCCGUGGUGUCAAUAACAUGGAUGGACACCUCACGUUGGCUCCGUCGCGACUCUUCGAGAGAACGCCCAUGAGUCCAUCAGAUAGUCUCGAUGAGAUCGCCCUGCAAAUUCCCAGAGUUCGAGUUGAAUACUACGUCAAUGAAAAUACAUUUAAGGAAAGACUGCAACUUUAUUUUAUUAAGAAUCAGAGAUCAAGUCUACGUAUUAGGAUCGCAAAUUUAUUUUUUAAAUUAUUAACCUGUGUGCUGUAUAUAGUUCGAGUAAUCGCCGACCUGGAUCCCACAUUUGCUACUUGUCACGGCUGUCCCGUGGAGAACAAGACGGAAUUUCUUGCGUCAGCCGAUCUCACGGAGGAGCAAUUCCAGGAGAACCCCAUCAUCAACUGGGACGCCAUCCUGUGGGUGAAUCGACCAACUGAACUGUGGGCUGUGCAAUUCGUACUGGCGAUUGUGUCUCUGGCCGAGGCCUUGCUCCUAACAUAUCUGGGUUAUAAGGGAAAUAUAUGGCAGCAAAUACUAUCGUUUCACUUCAUUCUCGAAUUGGUCACGACAAUUCCAUUUGCACUCACGAUUUUGUGGCCCCCGUUGCGAAAUCUCUUCAUUCCUGUGUUCCUCAAUUGUUGGCUGGCGAAGAGGUCCCUCGAGAAUAUGUUUAAUGAUCUUCAUCGAGCCAUGCAGAAGUCACAAUCGGCACUCUCGCAACAAUUGACAAUACUCAGUGCGACACUUUUGUGUCUCGUCUUCACCAGUGUUUGCGGAAUUCAGCACUUCCAGCGGGCCGGACAUCGGCAUUUGAAUCUCUUUCAGAGUACAUAUUAUGUGGUAGUGACUUUCUCCACGGUGGGCUAUGGAGAUUUCGUGCCGGACAUCUGGCCAUCGCAGCUGUACAUGGUGAUAAUGAUAUGCGUGGCGCUUAUCGUGCUGCCCACUCAGCUCUCUCACUUACGCGCCCUCAAGUUCGAGCAACUGGCUUUUACGUGGAUGGAACGUCAAAAACUGGGUGGCAGCUAUUCCUCCCAUCGCGCCCAGAGUGAGAAGCACGUCGUGGUGUGCUCCACCACGCUUCACGCCGACACCAUCAUGGACUUCCUCAAUGAAUUCUACGCCCACCCGCUCCUGCAGGACUACUACGUAGUCCUGCUCAGCCCGAUGGAGUUGGACACCACGAUGAGGAUGAUCCUGCAAGUGCCUAUCUGGGCGCAGAGGGUGAUCUACAUCCAGGGCUCCUGCCUGAAGGAUGGCGAUCUGGCAAGAGCGCGCAUGAAUGAGGCUGAGGCUUGCUUCAUUCUUGCGGCGCGCAAUUAUGCCGAUAAAACGGCGGCGGAUGAGCACACAAUCCUGCGAUCCUGGGCAGUUAAGGACUUUGCUCCGAGUGUGCCGCAGUAUGUGCAAAUCUUUCGGCCGGAGCACAAACUGCAUGUGAAAUUUGCAGAACAUGUGGUUUGCGAGGAUGAGUUUAAAUAUGCCCUACUCGCCAACAACUGCACCUGUCCAGGAGCCAGUACUCUCGUCACGCUACUGCUACACACCUCCCGCGGGCAGGAGGGCCAGCAGAGUCCUGAGGAGUGGCAUCGACUGUAUGGCAAGUGCUCGGGGAAUGAGAUCUACCACAUCCUCCUGGGCGAUAGUCGCUUCUUUGGUGAGUACGAGGGGAAGAGCUUCACCUACGCAAGCUUUCACUCGCACCGGAAGUAUGGGGUGGCGCUGGUUGGUGUGCGCCCGGCGGAAUUGCCCGAGUUCUACGAAGACACCAUCCUCCUCAAUCCUGGCCCGCGCCACAUCAUGAAGAAGGAUGACACCUGCUACUACAUGAGCAUCACCAAGGAGGAGAACUCUGCCUUUGUCGUCAAUCAAAAUCAGAACAGUGGCUUAGAACCUACGAAAGAGGCUGUGGCCAGCAGUGAACAUAAUCCGCAUUCAGCAAUUUCCAUCUCGGAGUCCAAGCUGAAUCUCAAAGAGGCUGCAACUCCAUCUUCAGCGACCACAACAAUGUUGGGACAAUCAUCGGUGAUGACUACAACCACGGGCAAUCACCUGGAGUUGCCACAGCAGAGCAAUCCAAACCUUCUCAGCCCGGACGUGCUCAAUCAGCGAAGAGGAAGUCGUCGACCGUCUAUCCUUCCCGUGCCUGAUAUGUUCACCUCCUCUUCCUUCAGCAUCAGUGGCAAUGAAGACGGAGACGAGGCGGAGAGCGAAGAUGAGUUGGAUGACGAUGUACCCUGGAGGUCGCCAUCCGAGAAGAUAGCGAUCGUCAAGGGUUUUCCACCAGUGUCGCCGUUCAUCGGUGUGAGUCCAACUCUGUGUUAUCUGUUAAAGGAGAAGAAACCACUUUGUUGCCUCCAAUUGGCUCAGGUUUGUGAGCACUGUAGCUACAGAAAUGCAAAGGAGUACCAGUGGCAGAAUAAGACAAUCAUUCUGGCGGCUGAUUAUGCUUCAAAUGGCAUUUAUAACUUUAUCAUACCACUGAGGGCGCACUUUCGAUCGAAAACCUCCCUCAAUCCAAUCAUCUUGCUCCUCGAAAGGAGACCCGACGUGGCUUUUCUAGAUGCAAUUUCGUAUUUUCCACUGGUGUACUGGAUGCUGGGAUCAAUUGAUUGCCUCGAUGAUCUGUUGAGGGCCGGAAUAAAUUUGGCGGAAAAUGUGGUAGUUGUCAAUAAAGAGCUCUCCAAUUCCGCCGAAGAGGACACUCUGGCCGACUGCAAUACAAUCGUGGCGGUGCAAACAAUGUUCAAAUUCUUUCCCAGCAUCCGGAGCAUUACGGAGCUGUCGCAAAGCUCCAAUAUGCGCUUCAUGCAGUUCAGAGCGCACGACAAAUAUGCCCUCCAUCUGAGUAAAAUGGAAAAGAGGGAAAAGGAGCGUGGAUCUCACAUAUCCUACAUGUUUCGUCUGCCUUUUGCCGCUGGGGCUGUCUUUAGUGCUUCAAUGCUGGACACACUGUUGUACCAGGCCUUUGUUAAGGACUACGUGAUCACAUUCGUGCGACUUCUCCUCGGAAUCGACCAAGCCCCUGGCAGCGGAUUCCUAACUUCGAUUAAAAUCACAAAAGAGGAAAUGUGGAUUCGCACGUACGGUCGGCUGUAUCAGAAGCUGUGUUCCACGACAUGCGAGAUUCCUAUUGGGAUUUAUCGAACACAGGACACAUCGGCGUCGGAAUCUCAUGUGAGUAACUCGCCAGUUGCAGAUAAAUGGAGACCAUUUGGAUCGUUUGGAAUGAAAAAUUGCGUGCGAAUGCGACCGUCGUAUGACGAGGAAUCUGCAACGCCGGGCUCCUCAACGACUAAGGGCACCGCCGAAGCCGGCCUCCGCGGUGUGACAUAUCGCCCACCGCCGCUCCAUAAGUCGACCUCCUGCCUGGGCGGCUGCUCAGAUCGGCGUGGCUCAGCUUACUCCCUCAACUUGGCAGACGAGGCGCGGGACAAUCACGCCCAGCAGAUCGAGAGGGCAGAAAUAGCUAAUCUUGUGCGAAGCCGGAUGGAGUCACUAAACCUGCCCGGAGCUGACUAUGAUGACGUGAGCGAAAAGCGCAAUCACCUAUCCUACGUCAUCAUUAAUCCGAGCUGUGACCUGAAGCUAGAGGAGGGCGAUAUAGUGUACCUGGUCAGACCGUCGCCCUUCUCCGCCCAGAAGACUUUCGAGCGCCACAAUUCACGCCGCAAGUCAAACAUUUCCUUUUGCUCCAAUCUUGCCGCCGCCGCGGCUGCGGUGGCGGCGAGCGGCUCUCGCCGCGGCUCCGGCAUCGGCCUCAAUACCUUGGGCGGCGUCCAAUCAAUGUCCGGGUAUGCUUCACCUCGUGCUCCGCCUUUAGUAACAACCAAAUCCAACUCACUUUCAUUACCUGACAGCCCUACAGUCGUUGGACAGCAGCGCGGACGCAGCAAUUCGCUUCGGAUUGACAAUGAUAUUCUGCUGAGGCGGUCCAGCUCCUUACGCCAAGGACUGCCCAACGUGGGCAUCCAGGGUAGACGGAAGUCCUCCCUGGAGGAGAUCGGCAUCAGCCAUUUCACCACCCUCAUGCAGGCCACAAACCACAGCAACCCCAUCAAGAUUGCCCUCAACGGUAGCAUUGGGCUUGAGGUCACUCCUCCGGAAGAGCCUCUGCCUGUGAUCGGCGUGCCGUGCAUGAGUGGCGGCGGUGUGAAUCCAUCAGGUCUAGGCGGGUCAGCCUUGGGUAUCAACACUCUAGGCGACACAACACCGAGCCCACUGUCAGUGCCCCAAUCUGAGUCCGCUUCGGCCAGUCCGCAGCAUCUUCAAGGCACGAUUGUAUGACCUUCGCUCAAUCCCUCGCACAGCUACAACAUAAUGUGGGGCCGCCGGCUGCGCUCUGCAGUGCAGAAGAACAAGUGGAUCUAAGUUCAGGCGUAGGCCGGCGGCGACAACCCACAUUGCGGUCAGUGAAUCAACGCGAAAAUGUAAUUUGUCUAAUCAAUUGUAGAUGACAUUAUUCGAUAAGUGCAGAUUGAGACUAAUAUUCAAUGAAUAUUAGUGUAAUAGAAAUGUGUUUUGGGAACAAUUUGUAGCGAUUGUAGAUGCAUAAUGAAAAUUGAUACAAAACCUUGUGAAUAAAGUUGAUGAGUCAGAGUUGUAUAAGAAAACGUUACAUUUUCCUAUAUAUUAAAAAAAAAACUCAAAUUGACAGCUCUUUUUGAUUGUAAAAUCGUAUUUAGAGGUGAAUAUCCAUUAGAGAUAUUUUUCAUAUCCAAAAGAAAGAAGUGGAGCAAAUGGACUAAAGUGUAGUAUGGUAUUAUUCAGAAUUGAAGAAAAAAAUGAUCCUAAUAGUGUUGAAAAAUCGUUAGAUUAUUAUGUAAAUAUUUGUAUAAAAGACCAUUCUUUGCCAAUCUAUUUUACCCAUGAAAAUUUCAUUGAACUAAUCCCCUUCUCAAUUUCUUUAAUAUCAAUUAAAAUUACCGCAUAGCGGAAGUAUGAUUAGAUUGACUAUAUACCAAUUUAAUUGUAUAUUUAUUCGUAUAACAUUACUACCAAAAGAGAGUUGUGUAAAUUGAACAAAAAAGGAAAUUGACACAUCUAUAAUUCGAAGACAUAUUUUAUCAUAUAAAUAAUUAUCUUAAAAAUUACAAAAAGAAUCAUCGACUGACCAUUGAGAUGAAAAAGUCAGUAACGCUUUGGUAUACUGUGAACGCUUUACUAACUUACGAUUUGUGACACAGACAAGAUAUAGUGAGAUGGGUGAGCAUUGAUACAUUGAAAAAUAUAGGAAUUAUCAAAAAUUCAAUUAUGUAAGACAUAAUAGUUAUGAAAUGUUUAGAAAUUGACUCACCUCUUAUUUAUCGGCUUCAAGAACUCUCUGAUUUUAGUGUAUAGCAAUGGAGGGAAGCCUGGUAUAACAUAAUUUGUACAGUUAAAUCUUGUAGAAUGCUAUUUGUAGAUAGGAUUGGGAAGGAAUACUUCGCUGGAUGGGUAAUAAGGAUUCACUGAUGAAGGUGCUACGAUAUUUAUUUCACAUUUUCACGCUAUUUUCGCUGUAUUGCUCAAUUACUUUCCCUUAAAAAUAUAAUCACCCUUCAGUGACAGAAUAUCAGCACACACGAGAGCAUCACAAAAGUGAGAGGAAAUAAUUCACAGAGUUUCGAAAAGCACCCGCAGUUCACACCCAACUGACAAUUGGGGAAGUAAAUGUUAAUGACAUUUUGUAAUGUUUGUCAAAAUAUGUGUUAAAAGGCCUUAGGUGACAUUGUUCAGAAGGAAGUGAAACUGUAAUUUAGCCAUCAAUGUCUCUCAAGAGAAUUAAAUGACACAAUAUGAAAAAAAAAUCAUUUGGAAUACAUGAGAAAAUAAAGUGUAGUGACUAUAAAUUUAUAGGCAAAGAUCCGAUGUAAAUACAAAAGAAAUAUUUACUAAAUAUUCUUUAUUAUUUCAUUAGGAGUUUGUAAAAUGAAGGGUGAAAGAAAAUAACUCUAAUGAGCUAAAGUUUAAAGUUAUGUUAAUCUUCUAAAUAUUAGAUAAAUAUAUUAUUAAUUAACAAGAAAAA